GCCAUUCGGAAAAAUGUUCUGCAUGGUCUUUGCACUGGGCGGCAUUCCAAUGGGCCUGGUGAUGUUCCAGAGCAUCGGUGAGCGGCUCAACACCUUCGUCGAGAAGGGCCUCAAACAGUGCAAAAAGUGCUUCAAGUUUAAGAACAAAGAGGUCACCGAGACGAACCUGAUCGUCUUCGUCUCCAUCCUUUCGACGAUGGUGAUGACCUGCGGCGCGGCGGCCUUCAGCAAGUUCGAGAACUGGAACUACUUCGAUGCCUUCUACUACUGCUUCAUAACGCUCACCACAAUCGGCUUCGGCGACUACGUGGCGCUGCAGAAGGACGCGGCGCUGCAGUCCUACCCCGAGUACGUCGCCUUCUCCCUCGUCUUCAUUCUCUUCGGCCUCAGCGUGGUCUCUGCGGCAAUUAACCUGCUGGUGCUGCGCUUCCUCACGCUCAACACCGAGGACGAGCGGAGGGACGAGGCGGACGCGAGGACGGCCGCCCAGACGGCGGUCAGACUGGAGGGCGAUGUGAUCACCGCCAACGGCUCCAUCCUCGGAUCGGAUGAGGCGCUGGCCAAGGGCAGGGGAGGCGGCGGCGGAGGUGGCGGCGGUCGCGGUGGCAACGGCGACGGCGAGGGCGGCUACCGGAGCGGCCACGGCCUGGACGACGAGAACAUCUCCGUCUGUUCUUGCACCUGCUACGGCAACUCGUCGACGCGCUACUGGAACGCCAGCACCUCAAAGGCCUACAUUGAUGCGGAUAACAACUUUAACGUGCAGCCCAUCGCCAACAGUGAUAGUGGCGGUGGGAGAAGCGGCGGCGGUCGCUUCAGUGGUUUCGGCAGUCGGUCUUCGCCCAAGGUGCGCACCGUUCGCUACUACUACGGCGAUGACACGCUGCUGGGCAUGGACGUCAA